UGCUCUGUAUAUGGGAGCUCGUUUGAAAUAGUUCAAAACUUAUUCCGCCAUAUUGUAUGUACAGCGAUGAACGACGAGGGGAAAUGAUAGUUUGCCCGUUUUUCUGUGACAAAUCGUCCAAUAAUGACUACGUUUGAUGUAUCGAAUUUCAAUGAAGAAUGUAAAUCCAAUAGAACCGUUCACAAACGUAGGUCGUCGAUUUUCUGUACGCGUAACGUAGUGCGUGACCAAGACGAAGGCAUCAAUGAAGUUACAGCCAACGAAGACACACCAAAUAAUGACAAGGGAAAGUGCAAUGCAAAGAAUAAUGUUGAGGUUUUUAAUUUGAAGGAAUAUAUAGAGAAACUUAGGCAGGAGCGAAAAGACUGGCAACAGAAAUACAAAAAUCGCAAAGUUCAACGGAAAAACUUGACCAAGCAAAAAAUAACUAUAGAAGGACAAGGACAGAUUUUAGAUAUAAAUCUAUUGACAGAGUCUGAAAGACAUUUUGUGCUAACACGUCCCAAUUAUGAACACAUUUGUAAGAACAGUCAAAAAUUAUUGGAUUUAGCAUUAAAGUUAUCCAUACUCAGUCAACAUGUAUAUAAAUUGAAUCGGCGAUUUAUGGAAAAAAUGGAAGGCAACAUAUCCAAAGCUACUAUAGAUAUUAUAAAGAUCUCAGAACAUUAAGGCACUGUAGGUGCACUAUAGAGUUUAUUUUUGCAAGUCUACAAAUUUACAGGUAAUAGGAGAGCAUCAUAAUAAAAAUAUAAAUAACACUUAAAGUAAUUAAAUGUAACAAUACUACACAUAUUUGAUUAUACACUACUUAUCAAUGUGUGGUAAUCACGCUCAUGGCAUGUUCACAUCAUUGAGCUAAAGAUGAAAUAUAAUAAAUACAAAAUAAUUUACAUUGA